UACCAUUCUAAAUUUGUUUUUGCUGUAGUUGUGCUAUAUUAAACACAACUUUCAAAGAAUAUAAACAAAAUGAGUAAUUUCAUGAAACUUAGAAAUCUGAGAUCUUCUGUGCAUCAAAAAAAAGAGUCAGAGAGUGGAUAUUCUUCAAGAUCUUCAUCUCUUUCAGAAAUUUCAAAAUCAAAGAAUUUUGAAGAAAAUGACGCUUAUGCCAAUUCAUCAUGCAAGAAUGAAAAACAUGAAGAGAAAAUUGUAAAUAUUGACGGAGAUAAAGUGCAAAAUCUUACUGAAGAAAUCAAAACAAUAAAAUUGGAGCACACAAACUUUCAAAUCGAAUUAGAGGACAAUGAAUCAGAUGACGCUGCUGAUCUUUUAGGGAAUCUUGUGAGACUGAUUGAUAGUCAACCUUCAUCUUCGUCUGACGAUGAUAGUACUGAUAUAUUGUGUAGAACAAACGAGAAUGAAAAAGGUGUGAAGCGUCGUUGGAAGCAUCAAAGUGCUUCAUUCUGUGAAAAGAAGAAAUCAAAAAAUGUUGAAACAUCAUCAGAAGAAUACCAAAACAGUGGAGUAAUCGAUGAAGUCAUCGAAGACAUCUGGUAUGUUAGUGUAAUGCAAAUCGAAAAUAAUCCAGUUGUAAGAUUUCUUGUCAAAUGGGAUGGAUUUCCUCCAUCUGAAAAUACAUAUGAGCCAUAUGAACAUGUAUCAGAUACAGAAGUUUUGAAAGAAUUUGUUAAUAAAAAAUUUGAAUUGCAUGAAGAUAAAAUCAAAGCGGCUCAAAAGAAACUCUUGCAAGAUAAGAAAAAGCACUACAAAUUUUACUUAGGAAAAUCGAAGAAGUUUGUUGAAGGAAAAACGAUAAAAGCAGAAUUUGAUCCUCUGGAAUUUCGAUGCAACAUUCUUGCUUACAUUUACACCUACGAGAAAAUUCUUUCCACUUCAGAGUUUAUGAAAAAAUUGUAUUAUCAGAACAUCCUCUACACGUUCUAUGAAAAGAAAAUUGCUCAGGAAGAGAAGAAUCGUGAAUUUGUUAAAUUAGUCUUGAGAAAAGAGAGCAACAAGUUUAAAUUAAGUGUUGAAAAUCGCAUCGACUAUGAAACAGUACCAAACUUCAAAUAUUUAAGUAAAGUCAAAUCAAUUUCGGAAAUCUUAUCAAAAUUUGGCUGCAAAUGUAAAGAUUCAUGCAUAAAAUCAUCAAAAUGUUGUCCUAAUCAAAAAGAUUUGAAAAUGGUUUAUGAUAGUGACGGUCGAAUCUGUUCGUCGACUCACCAAAUGAUCAUUGAAUGCAACAAGUUAUGUCAAUGCAGUGAAUUAUGUCCAAAUCGACCUCAAAGCAUAACAGCUUCACUUGCUAUAUUCAAAUCAUCUGAUCGUGGAUGGGGAUUAAAGGCAAAGAGCGAUAUCCCAGCUGGAACAUUUGUUAUCGAAUAUACUGGAGAAUUGAUAAGUGAAUCAGAGGCAAGAAGUCGUACAAAAUGUUACUCCAAAUCAGGAGUAACUUAUCUCUUUGAUCUUGAUUACAAUGAAUUGGGAAAAGCUUAUUAUAGCAUUGAUGCUACUUACGAAGGAAAUUUGUCAAGAUUCAUUAAUCAUUCAUGUAAUGGAAAUCUUCAAACUUGGCCAGCAAUUUCAUGCAACGAAGAUCCAAAGAUGCAUCGACUGUAUUACUUUGCCUUACGUUUUAUUAGAGCUGGUGAAGAACUGACUGUUGACUACUUUGGGGGCGUUAAAGUAACUGCACCUCCCACAAAAAAUUCUAUCGAGUGCAAAUGCGGCUCUGCAAAUUGUCGUGGGUUUAUUUUUUAA